CAUUGAUCUGCAAAGAAUAUCUAAUAUGAAUUACUUUCAUUUCGGACUUAAACUAAUGAUUUUGGAUACGUUAAAAAAAUAUCGCCAAACAGAAAUUGAAGCCCUAAAUAGCAAAUUAAUACUGUCUUUGAACAUUGACGGACUUCCCCUAUUUAAAAGCAGCAAAACAUCUGCAUGGCCAGUUUUAGGACUUAUUUGCAAUUUGAAGCCCCCCAAACCAUUUCCAAUCACGUUGACUGUUGGAACAUCUAAACCAUCGAACCUUGAAUUUUUAAAUGAAACAAUUGCUGACAUUAAUAGUUUGAUAACUAAUGGGAUUGACUUCAAUGAAGAACAUUUUGAAAUCAAACUUCUAUGCAUUAUUUGUGAUGCACCAGCAAAGGCUUUUGUUAAGUGCGUCAAACAAUAUUCAGGGUAUUAUGGAUGUGACAAAUGUGAGCAACGUGGGCAAUAUUUGGGACGGAUGACCUACCCAUUAACUGAAAAUCUUGUUUACCGAACAAAUGAGUCCUUCCGUAACCAAACACAGGAAGAACAUCACAAAGAUGCUUGCUGUCCAUUUCUUGACCUGCCAAUGGAUAUGAUAAAAGAUUUCCCUGUAGAUUACAUGCAUCAGGUAUGCCUUGGAGUAAUGAAAAAACUUCUCAUAACUUGGAUGCGGGGCCCGAGAGCGAAUAAUCGACUGUCCAGUAAUCAAGUUGCUCAGAUUAGUGCAAAACUCAUUUCUUUUGUGCAAUAUAUACCUCAAGAGUUUGCAAGAAAACCAAGGGGUCUUGAGGAAGUGGAUAGAUGGAAAGCUACUGAAUUCCGCCAGUUCCUUUUAUAUACAGGACAAUUUGCAUUAAGAGGUGUUUUAUCAAAUAACUUGUACAAACAUUUCAUGUGCCUUUGUGUAGCAAUAACUAUUUUAGUUAAUGAGGAUCUUGUUUUGCAUUAUGCAACUUAUGCACAUCGCCUACUUUGUUACUUUGUACGAAAUUGCCGCAGAUUGUACGGAGAGGAGUUUUGUGUCUACAAUGUGCAUGCCUUGUUGCACUUAAAGUCUGAGGCUGAUACAUUUGGUUCAUUAGAGAAAUGUGCUGCUUGGCCUUUUGAAAACUAUAUGCAACAAUUAAAACGAAAAGUUCGCGGAGGCAACAAUCCUGCAGCUCAAUUGGUAAAAAGGAUUUUUGAGUCCAUGGAAACAGAUGUCGUCCCAGCUCAAAUUAAAGUUAAAAAGAUAAUGGUCAAAAGUCCCAACAAUGUGUAUAGAACAGAUAGGAAGAGGUUCUGUGAAGUAAUCCGCCCUGUCAACAGGGAGAAACAGGCAUUCCUCUGCAGAGAAUACUAUUCACCCGAAUGUUCCUUUACUUAUCCCUGUGAAUCUUACAUCAUUGGACAUGCAGAAUUUUUAAAUCAAAAUUACACAAUAAAAACCAUUGAUGCUGAAAACCUAACAACAAGGUGUCUGAAGGUGCCUUCUCACCAUGACAACAGAUAUGUAUUUAUUCCAUUGCAACACAACUUUCAAGUGUAACAUAUUUUCACCAGAACAUCUAUAAAUGGUACCACAAAUGAUCUUACAUUACCAAUUUAAAACAUGUUUGCUGUAGUCCAUUUUGUGGAUGACGAAAGUGUAGAAUGUGUACCUAAAUCAUGGCUUGAAGGACAAUACUGUUAUUGGCCACACCUGAAUGCGAAGAAAAAAAUACAAAAAAUGUCCCUACCAGACAAGGACACCUGGAAAAAGUACAAAUACAGGAAAAUUGGACAAGAUUACGAAGACUAUGACACAGCCAGGAAAUAUCUAAAAAAAGCGGAAGAGACAUCUAAUCUGGAGAGUGAGGAGGAAUCACGAAAAAGGAAGCUUCCAGCAAGACUGAUAAGCGAAUCGGAUAACGAUACUGAUAUCGAAAGUGACAUUGAAGGUAAAACACUGCCAUCUCUCCCAAAAAACACAUGUUCCCAGAAGGAGAAGAAACGUACAACACCUGUAAAGAAGAUGCCUACCUUACCAUCACUAGACAGUUCGCCGCUGUCUCCAUCACCCCCAGCAUCUUCUGUGCCAGUGAAGAAACAAAACCUGGCCACACACUCAGUAAAAAGACAAUUGCUGACAUCAACUACCUCCAUUCGCAGAUCCCCGAGAUCAAAAAGUACACUGUCAGCCUUAUCAGCUGGGACAGCUACACCACCAAGAAGUACCCCAUCAGUAGCUAUCCAGUUACCCGUCGCUGCCAAUGAUGUUAGAACAUCUGCAACUAAAACACUGGGAGAAAGCAUUUCUGACUUACUCAAACAAGUUAUUUCCAAACUUGAUAAGCAGCAACAGGAUAUAACUGCAAUAAAAAACCAUCUAAUUUCUGCUGUGGACGUUGAUUUGGAUACUAUUGAAAGUCUAUUACCCUCUGGUAACAGACUGAAUACUUCAGCAGAAGUUGAAGAAUUCCAGGAUUCUCUAGAUGACGACUCAAAGAAGAAAUUGAUCAAUGCCAUGGCCUCUCUCCAGGGUGGAGAGCAUGCUGGAGAGAUUUGCAGAGCAGUUAUGCGAAGUAUCAUGACAAAUAACUGCAUGAGCCAAUUCAGUGGAACCGGACAAAAAGGAAAAAUUGCUUUUAUUGGCACACCCCUCUACAAAAUCAUCCUUUCUGCUGUUCGCAAAGCAUCGAAGAAAACUAUCCCGUUUGAGACAAUUAAACGAGAGGUCUUGGACGUUUUGAGAUUUGCUCCACAUCUUCCUGGGGGAAUCAAUUAUGCUAAAAAAAAGCGUGGAAAGAAAUCAAAUCCAAAAGAAGGCGAAUUCCCACCAGACUCCGAAUAAUAUGGACUUUUUUUUUUCAAAAACACAAUUUUCCAUCAGAAUCAUAAUACAAUUGAUUGUUCUUUCAAUAAUACAAAUGUUAUUUUAAAGAAAAUUUAACUGUUGUUUUUAUUUUAUAUUUACACAAAACUGAAAGAGUUUGAGAACAUUUUUUUGAAGUGUUUGAAGAUUUUUAUAUCAAAUUAUGUUAAAAUAUAUAACAUAUGUUCUCAAGAUGUUUUCACUAAGGUUAUCAAAACGAUUCCGGUACAUUUUCUAAAAUUGUUGCGUAAAAUUGUUU